CCCUUCAUACCUGUAGAGCUCACGAACGCAAACACAUCACCUGAAGAGCGCUAGAACACCUGGGAACACCUGGGAACUUCUCACACCUGUAGAGCUCACGAACGCAAACACAUCACCUGGAGAGCGCUACAACACCUGGGAACACCUGAGAACUACCUGUUGAACGUUUUAUUCGAGUGUUGAAAAGGAAAUUAUACGUGUGUGGAAGAAACAAAAGAAAGAGAAAGAGGAGGAGGAUGGAGUAGAGAGAGAGAGAGAGAGAGAGAGAGAGAGAGAGAGAGAGAGAGAGAGAGAGAGAGAGAGAGAGAGAGAGAGAGAGAGAGAGAGAGAGAGAGAGAGAGAGAGAGAAUUAUACACACCUCCACAGGAUUACAAAAAUGGACCAAAAAUUCUUGCAGCUGGUGAAGGAUGAGGAGGUCCCACGCAUGCUCUUCCUAUCCGUGAAUCCUACCAGAGCGGAGGAGGCGGAGAUGGAGAUAGUAUCGACGCCCACGCAUACUGACGGAGGCGCUGUAGGAGUGGGCGGCUUCGUCCUUACCACGGCGGAGGUCUCUAGCGAUGGGCCGUCCGACUCUACCGGGAGACUCCUCGGUAAAUUCAAGAUCGCCCUACAGGAACAGUCGAUCUCCCCGGUGCGCCGCGAGCUACAUCUGAGGCUGCUGAAGCUAUCCACACUGCAUCUUCAAGGCGGGGACUCCGUCAGCACCCUCGAGAGCAACUUUUCCGACGAGAACGACCAACUCAGCUCGGACGAAGAGGACGUUUUGGAGUUCACGGAGAUCUUCGAGCGAUUUCAGUACCCGGUGCCGGAGGAGAUCAAGAAUAGAUUUGACGCGAUCGUGGCCAACAAGAAGAUCUCCAUCCGGAAGUCCGGAGGCAGCAAGAAAAAGACGUUCUUCGUGUACGCGGAGAACAAGAUCCUGACGAAGGUGUGUGAUUCCCUGUCCCCGCUUGAAGUGCAUGAGAUGUACAGGAUCGUGAAGGAGAUGAAGGGAUUGGAUGAUGACGAUGAGGCUAUGAAAGAGGUGUUGACGCUCCCGUACGUGGAGUUGGAAGCCCUAGAGAAGGUGGUUGGGCUGAAGGACGUGGCUUUCUUCUACCUGGUUUUGAGUCUCAUGAGGAAGAAGAUGAUGAAUCGCCUGUACACGCAUAAGCUGUUCUUCCUCCUUGACCAGCUCCAGGAGAUUCACAAGAAGAAUACCAAGCAGGAAAACCCUCAAAUAGCUCGAAGUCUUGCUUCUCUGGACAGGUACCCGAUAGCCUCUCAGCCUCCCGGCCUGUGUCUCAUCUUCCACAUGAUGGAAGACCGGCCAGGCGCAGACGAGGACCUCAAACUCGUGAAGGACCUCUUUGAAAACGUCCUCAAGUACGAUGUGGUCACGAAGGUUGACCCCAAGGCGGAGCAGAUCAAGUUUAUCAUCUCGAAGCUGAAGGCCGCCAGGAACAAAUUUUACGACAGCCUCAUCGUAUGGUUCAUGGGCCACGGCAGCAAGUCCUACCUCAAAGUGAAGGGCGGACACAUCCACAGGCGCAUCGAACUCAUUGAACCCUUCACCGAGAUCGAGUGGUUUUACAAGAAGCCCAAGCUGUUCUUCAUCCAGGCGUGCGCCGUCAAGGAAAACCGCAAAAGAUUCCCUUCUUCUUCGGCCAACGAUCUAAAGAGGCUCUCGGCCCAGACGGACUCGGUGGGCUGGAAGGCGGCGGCUGGCGACGACUGGCAGGAGAAGUACGCCGACUACACCGACGUCUCCAAUAUCAACAGUUUCGCCGACACCCUCAUCUCAUACGCGACGAUGUGGUACCAGCCAGCAUCCCGCGCCGAGAAGGGUUCUCUCUACGUGGACACCCUCGUGGAUCAGCUGAAGCAGUACGGCAGCAAGGAGAGCAUCGAGAACGUGUUGCGUCGAGUGCACUACAACGUGAACACCGUCAGCCUCCUGGAGAAAGUGCCGGGCCAGGGGGAGGUGUCGUGGAAACAAGCCCCGUACUUCGAGUCCUCGCUGCAAAAGGCGUUCAUGUUCCCGAAGACCGCUAACCAAUAGGACUUCAAGCUUCGUGGAAACAGACAGAAAGAAGUUCAUAUAUUGUUCCCGAAGGCGGCCAAUCAUUAAGACUUCAAGCCUCGUGGAAACAGACUCAAAAAGGAGUUCUUGUUCCCGAAGGCGGACAAUCAUCAGGACUUCAAGCCUCGUGAAAACAGACACAAAAGGAGUUCUCGUUCCCGAAGGCGGACAAGCAUUAGGACUUCAAGAUACGUGGAAACAGACAGAAAAAGGAGUUCUUGUUCCCGAAGGCGGAAAAUCAUUAGGACUUCAAUCCUCGUGAAAACAGGACAAAUCAACGUGUUCUUUUUUACUCUUUUAAUCUCUUUAAUUCAUUCUUUUCUGCCACUACAACUACUACUACUACUACUACGACUACUACUACUGCUGCUACUACUACUACUACUACUACUACUAUUGUUAUGUGUGGUUAGUUAAGGUUCAGUUUGGUUAGAUUAGUUGUUAAUGUUAAUAAUAUUUGAAGUAAGAGUUAUAUAAUGUAAUGUUAAGGUUUUAUGUUUUCGGGUUGUUUAUUAUAUAUGUUUUAUUAUACAUUUCAUUACAUUUUAUCAUAU